CGUUUCCUGGAAUCAUCAACAAAUGGGGUUAUCUUCAUCAAAACGAGUCGCCGGCAAACUACGCGCCUCGCCGGAAUUCAACUCAGCGUGCGACAGAGUCUACCAACAGUCCCUCUCUCUCGCCCAACACGCUUUCCCCGGCAUCCCCCGCUACCAGCUGGCUUCAACUUCCGAUCGUCUCUACCAAAACCUUUCGGAGCUCCACCUCACUUUGAUCGACAAUUGGGUCACGUAUCCUCCCACCCGUUCCCAAAUCGACAAAGCCCUGCCGGACAAUGAAGGAGAUGCAAUCGGAGAGGCGGACUUUAAGGAGUUUGCGGUGGAUCUGUACACGGACGCCAUCGUUUCCAACGCCAGGAAGGAUGUUCUACUGAAGGUGCCGGUCGGAGUUGCUGGAAUCGUCGGAGUUGGGGUUGCGACGCGGUCAGGGAUGGAGGUCGUCGGGACGGUGAUUGGAGUUUACGCGGCCGGUGUUGCAACCUCCGUUUAUCUCAGUUUGGGUGGUUAAAUGGUAAUCGUUUUAUGUUAUAACCGUGAUAAUGAUUUAUUUCACAUAAUUUAACCAAAAAAUUGAACAGAAACCGAUGUGCUUUUUUAUAUCUAAAUAAUAUGUAAUUAAAAAAAUAUUGGAACCAAUGGAAGCUUUUAGCCAUUUUGCAGGUUC